AUGCCCACUGCGGGCCUCCAGCCCAUUGGCAUUGACAACGACAUCAUCAACUCCGCUGUUGACAAGGAGGCUGAGGAGCUCGAGAAGCCCCCUCAGAUUCGCGAACGAGUCUGGGGCUUCGCUGCCCGUAUCGAUCCCACCGUCACCUUUGAGGAAUACCAAUACUGGGCCAAGAUUGAGCGAGAGGAAGAAUACCAAGCCAACCUCGAGUUCAAGGCUGAGCACGGCCCCAGAACCGUCAAGAGCGUCUUCCUGGGCCGUUUCUCAAAGGGUAUCCACCACGAGAACAAGAAGAAGGCUGAGGCUGCUGCUGCUGAGAACAGCGGCACUGCCUCCCCCGACGAGAAGACUGGCGUUACUGCUACCAAUGCCGGCCUCCCCACCGAGGCCGAGUGGAAGCAGGCUUCUCGUGCCAUGAGAACUGCCAGUUGGGGUACCAUGUUCUACCUUAUCACCACCGAUAUUCUGGGUUGGUCGUCUACUCCUUUCGUCUUUGCCAGUGUCGGAUUCGGCCCUGGUGUCGCUCUGUACAUCAUCUUCGGUGCUGCUGCCGCUUUCUCUGGUUACAUUCUGUGGAAGGUCUUCCUUGGUCUCGACUCGUCUCGCUUCCCCAUGGUCUCUUUCGGUGACACCUACUUCCGAGUUUACGGCCCAUUUGCUCGUCACUUUAUCAACGUUGCUCAAGCCAUCCAGCAGUUCAUGACAGUCGCCGUGUUGAUUCUGGGCAGCGGCACAACCAUCGCCCAGUUGUCCAGCGAGAAGAUUUGCUACGUCGCCUGUCUCAUCAUCUUCAUGGUGGUCGGCAUGGUUUUCGGUAGCAUCCGAUCUCUGCAGCGUAUCGGUUGGCUCGCCAACUUGUCCGUCUGGAUCAACAUCAUCUCUUUCAUCAUCAUCAUGGUUGCUUGCGCCAACUAUCCCAUCGACUACUCUGCCGUUACCAACUCCACACUCAUCAAGACUAUUGAGCCCAUCAAGCUGUUCGCUGGUCCUCCUCCUGACCAGUACCAGCAGCAGGCCACUGGCUUCGCUGGUCAGUUCAACGGUAUCAACCAGAUGGUGUACUCCUACGGUGGUGCUCUUCUGUUCAUUGCUUUCCUCGCUGAGAUGCGUCACCCUUGGGAUUUCUGGAAGGGCAUGCUCUGCGCCCAGACCUUCAUCUGCGUCGUCUACAUCUUCUUCGGUGCCUUUGUCUAUGGCCACUACGGACAGUACUCUGCUUCCAACAUCAACACCGUCAUUCAGCCUUUCAGACUCCAGACUGCCAACAACGUCUUGGGUUUGAUCACUGGAGCUAUUGCUUGUCUUAUGUACAUGAACGUCGGCAUGAAGACUGUCUACGUCGAAGUCUUCCAGGAGAUUCUUGGUCUCCCCCCGAUCACCACCCGCAAGGGCCGUUGGUUGUGGUACGCCCUGGGACCCAUUUACUGGGCCCUUGCUUUCGUCGUCGGUGCCGCCGUCCCCAACUUGAACGGUAUCUCCGGUAUUGUCGGCGCUCUUCUCAUCCUCAACUUCACCUACACCUUCCCCGCCUUCCUGUACAUCGGAUACCGCGUCAAGACCGACGCUGCUCUGCCCGGUGAGGGCUUCGACCCCGUCACUGGUGUGACCACCCGCCACGACUCUGGCCUCAAGCGCUGGACCCGUGGAUUCAUGGUCAACUGGCACAUCAACAGCAUGAACAUCAUCUACUUCCUCGGUGGUCUUGUCUGCUCCGGUAUGGGUUCCUGGGCUGCCAUUGAGGGUCUCAUCCAGGUCUUUGGACCCGGAGGCACUGUCGCCACAUCAUUUGGAUGUGCGGCACCUGUGUAA